GCUGCAAUUGAAUGGUUGGUUGCAAUGGACCAGCCCAUCCAAGCCCUCAAACACCUGAAGUUCCAGGAGAUGAUCAAUGUCGCUUCAUGGGCAACAAAUGGUGUCAAAAUCCCUGGUCGCAAAGCCAUCUGCACCAAGAUCAUGCAAAUAUUUAAGAAUCAUUUG